AUGCCUAAAGAAUCCAUACCACAUCGAAGUCGACCCUACGAUUAUACCUGUCGUCAGUCCUUUAAGAAGUACACCAGUUGCGCUCAGAGAGAGGCUGAGGUCUUCGCUAGACGAUAUGGAAGAAAAGGGAGUCGUGGAGAAAGUCGAUGGUCCAACCGAGUGGGUGAAUUCGACAGUGAUGUGGAUGAUAUUUUGGUUUGGGGAGCCACAGUCGAAGAGCACGACGAACGUCUGAUGAAUACCCUACAACGAGGUGAAGAGAUCAACCUCACUCUCAACAAAGAGAAAUGCGAGUUUCGAGUGAAAGAAGUCACUUAUAUCGGUCACAAGUUAACCCGAGAAGGUGUGAAACCGGAUGAGCAGAAGGUUAAAGCCAUUAAGCAGAUGCCCCCUCCCGAAGAUAAGAAAGGAGCUGAACGAUUGCUUGGUACAGUGAACUAUCUAGCAAAGUUUAUACCUAACAUGUCCACGAUAAUGCAGCCGAUUAGAGAGGUUAUGAAAAGUGGCGUGGAGUUUCAAUGGGGAGCUGCACAGGAGAAAGCGUUCCAAGAAGUAAAAGAAAUACUAACAAAGGCGCCAGUUCUUGCAUACUAUGAUGUAAAGAAACCUGUGACGGUGACGUGUGAUGCUUCAAAGAGCGGUUUGGGAGCAGCGUUACUUCAAGAUGACAAACCAGUCGCGUUUGCUUCGAGAGCCCUAACAGAUGCGGAAACUCGGUAUGCGCAGAUCGAAAAAGAACUAUUGGCAGUUGUUUUUGCGUUCGAGAAGUUCAACCAGUACACAUAUGCCAGAGCUGUAGAAGUUGAAACUGAUCAUAAACCGCUGGUCUCAAUUGUGAAGAAGUCGUUAACGUCAGCGCCACCUCGUCUGCAGAGAAUGCUAUUACGGUUGCAACGGUACGACUUUACAUUGAAAUACAGACCUGGGAAAGAAAUGAUCAUCGCGGAUACACUUUCUCGAGCUUACCUUAACGAUGAUGAUGUGGACAGUAGCAAGAUGAACGAAGAGUUAGAAUGUUACGUGCACACGGUAACCAGCAGAAUGCCAGUAUCCGAAGAACGACUGGAACAAAUCAAGAAAGAAACAGCGAUUGACCAGACCAUGAAGACCCUAUUCUCAACAAUCCGAAGGGGAUGGCCAGAGACAAGAAAACAAACACCUUGCGAAAUCCAGGACUACUGGAAUUAUCGUGACGAGCUUUCAGAAGUAGAUGGAAUCUUGUUGAAGCAAGACAAGAUUAUCAUACCCCUCAGUAUGAAAGGAAAGAUGCUAGAAAGAAUACACGAGAGUCACAUGGGCAUAGAGAAAUCCAAACGACGAGCAAGGGACAUUAUGUUUUGGCCAAGAAUGAAUGAGCAAAUUGAAGCUGUUGUAUCCAAAUGCCAAACCUGCCAAGAAUACCAGAUGUCGAAUCCCAAAGAACCCAUGGUGCAAGGAACAAUGGGACAUGGUCGCAACUGAUUUGUUUCAGUGGGAACAGAACAACUAUCUGGUCGUGGCAGAUUAUUAUUCGCGUUACAUUGAAGUAGUCAAGUUGGAAAACACCACCAGCAGAACUGUUGUGAAUCAUAUGAAGUCCAUAUUUGCAAGACAUGGAAUUCCAUCAGUCGUAAGAAGUGACAAUGGUCCUCAGUACACUGCCACAGAGUACAAGCAGUUCGCACAAAAGUGGAAUUUCGAGCACCAGACUUCAAGUCCAUAUUAUCCGAAAUCAAACGGUUUGGCUGAGAAAGCAGUUCAAAUCGUGAAACGUUUGCUAUCGAAAGCAAAACAAGAUGGAAAAGAUCCGUAUACCUAA